CAACAUGUCCUGGCUGGAUAUUCCUCACCGGCACCCGGCGAUCGUCGCGGAACACUGACAGGGGAGAGGUCUGUAUCAUGCUGCUUUGUAUUGCUUUGCAUAGUAGAGCAAUACAAAGCAGCAUGCUUACACAGUAAAUCGCACACAGCACAGUUUGUAAAACAGCACACAGUUAACCCUUUGAUUGCUCCAGAUGUUAACCCCUUCCUGCCCAGCGUCAUUAGUACAGUGUCGGUGCUUUUUAUUAGCACUGAUCACUGUAUUAGUGUCACUGGGGAUGUCAGUGGCAGUUAGUCAGUCCCCCCCCCCCCAGUGUCAGAAUGCCUGCCCCAGUCCCG